AUGGGAUGCUCUUUUUAAAAGAAGAAAGCUCUGGGUUAAAAAACACAGCUUUUUCGAACGGGAGCUGAUAUCUUGGAUGAAGUAAAAGAUGUAGAUAUACAAAUCUUUGUUGUCAUACUAGAAUUAUUAAGAAAGGAGCAAGGUAAAGAUUGCAUUGGAUUUUUAUCAGAUAUUGGGAAUCAGAAAUAAAUAGAAUUAUAAAUUUUAUAUUAAGUAGGGAAUAUUACCCAAGCUGAUAUAUAAUAGAAAUUGUCUGUUAUUAGAAAUGACAUGAAAUAAAUUACAAAUUUAUUAAAAAAAUUAAAAAAUCACGACUUCAAUUACAAAGACUUUUCCUCUGAAGAAGAUGAAGAAUCAACAUUAAGUUUAAUUUAAAGCAUAAAGGAUAAUAAAAUGAUCAUUGAAUUUUUGUAAUUUUUAGUUCACCUUACAGCUAUAGAUAACACUUUGAUAUAAUGUGGAUCUAAUUCAUUAUAUAUAAUAGUUUAGAUGAAGGUUGACCUUAGUAACAAAAAUUUGGAAAAUAUUAGGAUUUAAAAUACUUCUUUGAUGGGAGCUAAUUUUGUUAGGUGUAAUUUUAGUGGAUCUUAAUUUAAUAAUGUUAACAUAAGUGAAAUAAAUUUGAAUGGUGCUUAGAUGUUCAAUUGUAAAUGGAAGAACAUUAAGAUCAAUGAGUUGAAUAAAUUAGAUGGUCAUAGACAUUAUGUCUACUCAGUCUGUUUCUCUCCUGAUGGAAAUAUAUUAGCUUCUGGUAGUAGAGAUAACUCUAUCCGUCUAUGGGAUGUCAAAACAGGAUAAUAAAAAGCCAAAUUAGAUGGUCAUAGUGAUAGUGUUUGGUCAGUCUGUUUCUCUCCUGAUGGAAAUACAUUAGCUUCUGGACAUGAUAAUGGCACUGUCUUAUUAUGGGAUACUAAAACAAGAAAAAAAAGAGCAAAAUUAAAUGGUCAUAGUAACUAUGUUAUGUCAGUCUGUUUCUCUCCUGAUGGAAAUACAUUAGCUUCUGGUAGUUAUGAUUAGUCUAUCCGUUUAUGGGAUGCCAAAACAGGAUAAUAAAAAGCCAAAUUAGUUGGUCAUAGUGGUGGUAUAUUGUCAGUCUGUUUCUCUCCUGAUGGAAAUACAUUAGCUUCUGGUAGUGAUGAUAAGUCUAUCCUUUUAUGGGAUGCCAAAACAGGAUAAUAAAAAGCCAAAUUAGUUGGUCAUAGUGGUGGUAUAUUGUCAGUCUGUUUCUCUCCUGAUGGAAAUACAUUAGCUUCUGGUAGUUAUGAUUAGUCUAUCCGUCUAUGGGAUGCCAAAACAGGAUAAUAAAAAGCCAAAUUAGUUGGUCAUAGUGGUGGUAUAUUGUCAGUCUGUUUCUCUCCUGAUGGAAAUACAUUAGCUUCUGGUAGUGAUGAUAAGUCUAUCCGUCUAUGGGAUGUAAAAACAGGAUAAUAAAAAGCCAAAUUAGAUGGUCAUACUCAUUAUGUCUACUCAGUCUGUUUCUCUUCUGAUGGAAAUAUAUUAGCUUCUGGUAGUAGAGAUAACUCUAUCCGUCUAUGGGAUGUCAAAACAGGAUAAUAAAAAGCCAAAUUAGAUGGUCAUAGUGAUGGUAUAAUGUCAGUCUGUUUUUCUCCUGAUGGAAAUACAUUAGCUUCUGGUAGUGGUGAUAAGUCUAUUCGUCUAUGGGAUGUCAAAACAGGAUAAUAAAAAGCCAAAUUAGAUGGUCAUUAAUAUGGUGUCUACUCAGUCUGUUUCUCUCCUGAUGGAAAUACAUUAGCUUCUGGUAGUUGGGAUU